AGAAGAAGAAGAAGAAGAAGAAGAAGAAGAAGAAGAAGAAGAAGAAGAAGAAGAAGAAGAAGAAGAAGAAGAAGAAGAAGAAGAAGAAGAAGAAGAAGAAGAAGAAGAAGAAGAAGAAGAACCAGGAAGUAGCAGAAAGACCCGGGAAGGUUGGAUCCAGGAGAACAGGACGGGUUCUAAUGGUUCUAACGGGUUCUAACAGGCGAGCUUCAGGAUGAUGAUUGGUCCGGAGCAGGAGGCUCUGAUUGGCCGAGUGUUUGAGUCCUACCUGACAGAGCAUCACCAUGGAGACCUGCUGCAGCUCUCUGGAGGUCCUCCUGAGGAGAUCCACCGUCCUGUGGUGGUCAACGCCAUGACGCUGUUCGAGACCAGCAUGGAGGUUGGAGAUUAUUUCAAUGCUUUCCCUGAAGAUGUUCUGGCCGUGUUUGAUAAAGUUCUACACAGAAAAGCUGUGGAGACGUCACAGGGUUCUCCUCUCAGACCCGACGGAAGGAACCCAACUUUCCACGCCAGAAUCACAGGCCUGCCGGUGUGUCCAGAGCUGACCAGAGACACCGUCCCUCGGUCCAGAGACGUCGGACACUUCCUGUCUGUGACUGGUACCGUCAUACGAACCAGCGUUGCCAAGGUUCUGGAGUUUGAGCGGGACUACAUCUGUACGAAGUGCCGUCAUGUUUUCACGGUCCAGGCCGACUUUGACCAGUUCUACACCUUUGUUCCUCCGCGGAGCUGCUCCAACCAGGCAGGAUGUAACUCCUUCAAGUUCAGCUGUUUGUCGGAGGGCUGUGAACCUUCAUCCUGCAGGGACUACCAGGAGAUCAAGAUCCAGGAGCAGGUGCAGCGUCUGACGGUGGGCAGCAUCCCUCGCUCUGUGGUGGUGGUUCUGGAGGACGACCUGGUGGACAGCUGUAAGUCAGGAGAUGAGGUGACGGUCUACGGGGUGGUGUGUCAGCGCUGGAGGCCCCUGUUUGAAGGUUCUCGCUGUGAGGUGGAGCUGGUCCUGAAAGCCAACAACAUGGAGGUCAACAACCAGCAGACGGCUGCUGCUCUGCUCAUCAAGGACGUCCAGAAUGAGUUUGAGGAGUUCUGGCAGAGCUUCAGAACUGACCCCAUCACCGGAAGGAACCACAUCCUGCUGAGUCUGUGUCCGCAGGUCUUUGGGAUGUACGUGGUGAAGCUGGCCGUGGCCUUAGUGCUGGCUGGAGGCGUUCAGAGAGUGGACUCCUCUGGAACCAAGAUCAGAGGUGAGUGCCACAUGCUGCUGGUUGGAGAUCCAGGAACAGGAAAGUCUCAGUUCCUGAAGUACGCAGCAAAGAUCACGCCUCGGUCCAUCCUCACAGCUGGAAUCGGAUCCACCAGCGCAGGUCUGACAGUGGCGGUGGUGAAGGAUGGAGGUGAGUGGCACCUGGAGGCCGGAGCUCUGGUUCUGUCUGAUGGAGGUCUGUGCUGCAUCGAUGAGUUCAACAGCAUCAAGGAACACGAUCGGAUCAGCAUCCAUGAAGCCAUGGAGCAGCAGUCCAUCAGCGUGGCCAAAGCCGGGAUGGUCUGUAAGCUCAACACUCGGGCCACCAUCCUGGCAGCCACCAACCCUAAAGGCCGCUACGACCCCAGAGAGCCGCUAUCGGUCAACGUGGCUCUGGCCAGUCCUCUGCUGAGCCGCUUCGACCUGGUUCUGGUUCUGCUGGACUCUAGGAACCCAGACUGGGACCGCAUCAUCUCCUCCUUCAUCCUAGAGGACCGAGGCCUGCCUGCUGACUCCUCCACCCUCUGGUCCAUGGAGAAGAUGAAAGUCUACUUUAGUGUGAUCAAACAGCUGCAGCCACAGGUUUCUGACGAGGCUAACUGCAUUCUAACGCGUUACUACCAGCUGCAGCGGCAGAGCGACGGACGCAGCGCUGCAAGAACCACCAUCCGCAUGCUGGAGAGUCUGAGCAGACUGGCUGAAGGUGAAGCUUCUAGAUCAGGUGGUUCCCUCUGGGGCCCACAGCUAGAAGCUCACUCCAGACUCAUGUUCAGAGAGACGGUGACCAUAGAGGACGCUGUCAUCGCGGUUUCUGUCAUGGAGUGUUCUAUGCAGGGCGGUGCUCUGCUGGGAACCGUGAACACACUGCUGACCUCGUUCCCGGCCGACCCGGAUCUUCAGUACCGGACUCAAUGCCAGGUUCUGCUGGAAGGUCUGAAGCUGCCGCUGCUGCUGCAGAAGGAGAUGGACCGACUGGACGGGCUGAAGACCAGCAGCUCUGAGGGUUCCCAGCUAGACCCACAAACUGGAGACCAGCAGAGUCCAGGUUUAGGAUGGACCCUCCACAGCGUCUCACCUGAGGACAGCAGCUUCCUCCCAGCUCAACUGUCAGCAGGCCACAUCAUAAUGUCCACUCAGGAGAACCACCAGAACGUUCUGAGGAACAUCGACUUCAAACAAGAUGAAGGUUCUGGAAAAACUGUGGUCUCAGAAAACCCUCAGAGAUGGAAGGAAGAACGUCACCGAGAGCCUGAGCUUCAGAAGGUUUCUGAGGAUCUGAGGUUCCAACAGCAGCAGAACUGUCGUCGUCACGCAGAGGGGGCGGAGUCUAUGGACAGGACAGGGUCUAUGGAGAGGGCGGCACCUGUGGAGGGGUCGGAGCCAGCAAAGACAGGUAAAACUGCUGCAUCAGAUAAACUCCGUUCCUCGAAGGUCUUCUAUCAGAACAAACCAUCUUCUGGUCCAGAGGGUCAACGUGAGGACGGCAGCGACCCGAUGAAGAACCUCAGAGCGGCGCUGAAGAACCAGACAGCAGCUGAAGGUCCAUCUGACCUGCAGAAGAAGCUGUCGGGCUUCAGGUUCAGACCCACCAAGAUGAACCCAGUUAGUCCUGAUGGUUCAGCCACAAAGAACCACCUGGUCCAACAUAUUCCUCAGGUCAGAGAGCAGAGAGCAUCCAGAACCGGUUCUACAGCUACAAAAAUGGAUCAGAGAAGAACCACUGCAGAAGCUCUGAGUCCACAGAGGAGCAGAACCAACACCGGUUACCAGACGAGAAUCUUCACAGCUUUAGAACCAAACUCUGAUGAUCCGCUGAGAUCCAGCAGAACCAUGGCCUCCUCCGCUCGGGCCAAACUCUCCAGGUUCUCCUUCACCUGUGCAGGUGACGCUGGACAUCUGAGUUCUAAAACAAAGAGAACGCUGAGUUCUCCUGACAGUCCUGCAGGAAAGAGGAGCAGAUCCCAGCAGGUUCUACCCCUCUCAGCUGCAGGAUGGAACCACGAAGAACCUGCACCUGAAACCGACUCCAGACCCGAGCAGACGGAGGUCCAGCAGCAGCACAGACCCAGACUGAGUGACGCUCAGGUUCCCUGUGUACAGAACCGAAGGUGUUUUAGACUGGAUCCCCCAACAGGUUCUAAAUGUUCUGCAGCUUUGUUCUCAGGACUGAGUCUGUUUGGUUCUGCUGAGUUCUCUAAUGAUGUUCUGGACACCAACUGGGACCAAGAAGUUCUGAAGAAAAGCUGAAGCCAUCAGCUCAAGAACGUUCUACCUGAAGAACCACAACAGCUGGUUCUGAUAAUCAAGAAUUAAAACAGCUUGAACUCUGA